AUGACUCGAAAAUUGAAAGUCGUGCCCGGUGCGGCGGACUUGGAUGUUGAAGAAUCUGAAUGCUUCCGAGUCAUGAGCUUCAAUAUGUUGGCGCAGCAACUGGCAACCUCGAAGAUGUUCAAGUACGUGCCCAGGAACCAGCUCAGAAAGCACAACCGGUGGCCUAGGGUGCGGGCCGAAGUUUCACGGUACGGCGCGGACAUCAUCUGCCUGCAAGAGUGCGAUCUUUACGAUCAAAUUCUGGCGAGCUUACAAGAACAUGGGGAGCGGGCGGAUCAGGGAACAAGGUUCGAAGGCGUGUACAAGAGACGUAAGAAUAACGGGCUAAGUCACGGCGUCGCAAUCCUGUACGACACCCAGGUAUUCCGACUGCUUGAUUCGGACUCGUGCGAGUAUGGAGAGAACCUAAUGGGGGGAGUAGGAGCGUUUGCGCUUUUGGAAGACCGCAGACAGCAUCGACGACGAAGACACCCUACUCCUGUUGGCCUUCCUGACAACGAUGAAACUGUCGAGACAGUAGGGGUAGCAGAUGGAACUAGGGGCAAUGGAUCAACGAGAAACGGUCCUCGUGUUGAGCAAGGAGGGUGUGGGGGCGGGAGCGAGGCAGCAGAAGGAGGAGGAGUGGGAGCGGCGGCAAGGACUACGAAGGACGAUCCUUCUGGGUUGGUCUGCGUGGCCACCACCCACCUCUACUGGCACCCGGACGGAGGAGCCAUACGCCUCGCCCAGGCGGAAACCCUGAUGGCGCACGUGGCGGCUUUCCUUCGUGGGCGUUUCGGCGAUGAUUACUCCGUGGUCCCGGUCGUACUCGCGGGAGACUUGAACACCGUGCCCGGUGUGGACGUCUACAGGCUGCUCUCGGAAGGGGGUUUCAACGGCGAGACGCCGGAGGCAUUUCACCGGAGAAGAUACGAGAAGGCCCGCGCUAAGGAAGCCGACAAGGUCGAAAAGGCUCGCCAAUACAACGCCAAGCUGGAGGCGAUCCGCGCCAAAAACGCUGCCGUGAUCUCCGCGGCGAGGAGCAGUACGUCCCCCGGUGCGUUACGCGAGGUUGUCCACGAUAUAGGGGAAGCAGCAGAAGCGGCAGAUGGAACCGUCGAAGAGGUUGCAUCAGUGGAAGCAGCGCAAGGACUGGGAGGAACCCCUGUUUCGAUGAGUCGGGCUACGGAAGGAGGUGACUCGGUGACACAAGGGCGUCCCGCCGAUUCUGCGGGUCAUACUGUGACGGUGUCUGAUGAUGACAGCGCUGCUGCUGCCAGUUCGAGUGGUACAGCUGGUGGAGAGCUCACUCCGGCUUCACACGAGAGAGGAGGGGGGCGAGAUCAGGACGGGGAAGUGCGGUGCUACGAGCAAGAGUUCCGUGGGUUCAGCAGUGCCUACGGCGCCUACUCCAGUGUCUUCGACUCGCAGGUUGCGUUGGCUCCUGAAACUCUUCCACGCCGUCCAGAGCGCACGUGUUGA